GUAAAUAAAUGAUAAAAUGAAAAAAAAUACAUUUUAAUUCAUUAAUUAAUUAAUGAAUGAAUGAAAAUGUACACUGUGAGUCUACCAGAUAAGGAUAAAGCAGGCACAGCUAGCCAAGUGUGGUGGCACAUGCCUGUACUCCCAGCACUCUGGGAAGCUGAGGUUCAGACCCAGUCUGGGCAAUUUAGUGACCUAACAGACCCUGUGUCAAAAUGAAAAAAGAGUUGGGAAUGUAGCUCUGUGUGAAGGUCUUAGGUUUAAUCUCUAGUACUGCAAAAAAAAAAAAAAAGGAAGGAAGGAAAUAGGCAAAUCUAAUUGACCAGGAUUCUAAUGUUAGAAUAAAUUAAGAGAGAAAACCCUGGGUUAGGUGUUUGUAUCCCUUUAACAUGUAAAACCCUCUAACUCCCCUUUAAACCUGUUGGCUCAGCAGAAUCCUCCUCAGGCAGGAAUAAUCCACGUUCAGGUUCUCCAGCCUAGACAGAAGCUGAGUGGACGUCUUGUUCAGUAUUUCACAAACCUGUCACUCCAGUAUCUCUCUCACAAUUAUUAUCUACCCUAAAAUGCUACUGGUACCAUUCUCAACAUUUUUCACAAACCCUUUUUUUCUUAAGUUUAAAAGCCAACUUUAUAGCCAGACAUGGUGGUGCAUAGCUGUAAUCCCAGCACUUGGGAGACUGAAACAGGAGGAUCACCAUGAGUUCGAAGCUGGUCUGAGCUUCAUAACAGUGAGUUCAAGGCCAACCUGAACCACAUGGGGACUCUGUCUCAAAUACAUACAUCCAUCCAUACAUACAUGCCAACUUUACAGCACUACUGUAUGUGGAAAGCCUCACUUGCCAUAAAGAGAAGCUGACCAUGAAAGUAAAAACAGUGAAAAUGAAAAUGUCAUUCAAUUCUGCCUAGAUGCUGUGGCUUCAAGAAGGCAGUGACCUGAGAUUCACUCUCUGGCCCUUUUCUAAAAAUGGAGAUGAGAAGUGUGAAGAGAAGUGUUUAUUUAAAACCAAACUGAAAGGUUCUCAAUUUAUGAUCAGAUUAAAAAAGAAGCCAGAGGCCAGGCAUGGUGGCAUGCACCUAUAAUUCCAGCAUUCAGGAGGCUGAGGCAGGAGGAUUGCCAGGAGUUCAAGGCCACCCUGAACAACAUAGUGAGAUCCUGUCUCAUAAAAACAAAACAAACAAAAAACUUCAGGUACCAACACCUGCUAACAGAGCAGACUGUUUUGCUUGAGGUCACAAAGAUGGAGAAGCUGACUGACCUGGGGUCAAACUGAGUCCUGGACAGUGAACUCAAAUUGACUUUUUUUUUUUUUGGUACCGGGGAUGGAACUUAGGACCUUGUGCUUGCAAGGCAGGCGCAGCACCACUGAGCUAAAUCCCCAGCCCUCAAAUUGAGUCUUACUCGGGCUCUCUGAAGACCUGUCCUCUGGUCUGGUCGACUGGCUGAACCAGCCUGUGGUGUGGCUGUGAGUCUAGAAUGGAAUGGCUCCAGGCUAGCUCUCAGGUUAGCUCAGAGGCCCCAGAAAUUGGUCUGGGAUUCGGCUUACCCCUGGUUUUCCAGAAGGGCCUUCAGAAGAACCAACUCCUUUAUGGGAAGGAAGAACUUCCCAGAAGGGGCAAUAGAGACAGCAGUCUCUGGCACUGAAUCUUAUCUGUCUUUCCUUCCUGUGCUGCACUGGGCCUGGGGCAUUUCAGAGGCACCUCAGCUCUACACCCUCACCGUGAUGGGCCCGGGGCCACCAGAUCGCCAGCCAGCCCAGAUCUCUCGCCGGUACUCAGACUUUGAGCGACUGCACCGAAACCUGCAACGGCAGUUCCGGGGCCCCAUGGCUGCCAUCUCCUUCCCCCGCAAGCGCCUACGCCGGAAUUUUACGGCAGAGACCAUUGCCCGCCGUAGCCGAGCCUUUGAGCAGUUUUUGGGCCACCUGCAGGCAGUGCCUGAGCUAAGCCAUGCCCCAGACCUGCAGGACUUUUUUGUGCUGCCAGAGCUGCGGCGAGCACAGAGCCUCACCUGUACUGGCCUCUAUCGUGAGGCUCUGGCACUCUGGGCCAAUGCCUGGCAGUUGCAGGCCCAGCUGGGGACCUCCUCUGGCCCCGACCGCCCCCUGCUGACCCUGGCUGGACUGGCUGUGUGCCACCAGGAGCUGGAGGACCCAGGGCAGGCCCGGGCAUGCUGUGAAAAGGCCCUACAGCUGCUGAAAGACAGGAGUCCCCAGCCUUUCUUGGCACCUUUUCUAGAGGCUCAUGUCCGGCUCUCUUGGCGCCUGGGCCUAGACAAACGACAAUCAGAGGCCCGGCUCCAGGCCCUGCAGGAGGCAGGCCUUGCCCCCACGCCACCGCCCAGUCUCAAAGAAUUGCUCAUCAAGGAGGUGCUAGACUAACUCUUGCUCAGUCUUAAGGCCACCACGGGGAGAGGGACUGCCUAAAACUGGGAAGGGGUGUGACAAAGACGCCAAGAGCAGCUAGGAGGCUGCAGGGGGUGCUGGGAGCCCCCUAGAUGUUCCACAAAGAAAAUGUGCAGAAUUUCAUUCUGUUGAGCUGGACUCAGGACGAGCUUUGGCUGGGGUUGCCCAGGGCUGUACAGGAAGGAAAUGUGACACAGCCUCUCCACAGCUUUUACACAACCAGGGACUGCAGGCCUGGGCAGGAGCCAUGCUCCCUUUUCCAUGGGCCUCCAAGCCAGUGAGGCAGUAUGGCUAAAAGGCCAGGGCCUGUGACUAUAGUCUUGGAGAUGAGAGAUGGAGGGAGGGCUGCAGUUCUGGGCCAGGGGAAUUAAAGGCCACCCACUCCGGU